AUGGAGAAAGUAUCAGAUGAAGAAGCUUUCCUUUUCGCUAUGGAACUAUCAUUUGCUUCUUCUGUUCCAAUGGUUCUAAAAUCAGCUUUGGAACUUGGCAUUAUUGAAGUUAUAGCCAAAGCUGGUCCUGAUGCUAACCUUUCAUCUUCUCAAAUUGUUUCACAAAUUCCUUGUAUAAAAAAUCCAGAAGCACCUUCUAUGUUGGACAGAUUGUUGCGUCUUUUGGCUAGCUGCAAGAUUCUUACAUGCUCCGUUAAACAAGUUGAUGGAGAUUGUAACGAAGAAAGAUUGUAUGGUCUUCACCCUUUAGCUAAAUACUUUGUCAAAAAUAAUAAUGAAGACGAAGAUGGUGCAUCCAUGAUUUCCUUCUUUCUCAUGCAACACGACAAGGCCCUCCAAGACGUGUGGUACCACUUAACAGAUUCAAUUAAAGAGGGUGGACUUCCAUUUAACAACGCUUUUGGAAUGAAUACUUUUGAGUUUCAGGGCAUAAAUCCAAGGUUCAACAAGCUUUACAAUAAUGCCAUGUCUGAUAUCUCUUGCAUCAGAAUGAAAAAAAUAUUAGCGACAUAUUCAGGUUUUGAGGGUCUUGGAUCUAUUGUUGAUGUUGGUGGUGGGAUUGGAACUGUUGCUAAUAUGAUUGUCUCUAAGUAUCCCAACAUCAAAGUCAUUAAUUUUGACUUACCACAUGUCAUCAAUGAAGCCCCGUCUUAUCCAGGGGUAGAGCAUGUUGGUGGAGACAUGUUUGUGAGUGUUCCAAAAGCUGAUGCCAUUUUCAUGAAGUCGAUUUGUCAUGCUUGGAAUGAAGAACAAUGUUUGAAAAUUUUGAAAAAUUGUUAUGAUUCACUUCCGGUAAUUGGGAAGGUGAUAGUAGUUGAAUCCAUAGAUCCAGUAGUUCCAAACUCAAACUUGUCCUCAAAAUCUAUGGUUCAAAUGGAUGUUAUCAUGUUGUGUUAUACCUCUGGUGGAAAAGAGAAAACAAAGAAAGAGUACGAGGAUUUGUCUAAAGGAGCAGGAUUUCAAGGUUUCCAAAUUACAUAUUGCGGGUUCAACAAGUAUGUUAUUGAAUUCUUAAAGAAUGCUUAA